AUGCAUUCUAUAAUUAAAUCAAUUAUCAAAUUUAAAAGUAAAAUCAAUCAAUCAAAAAAGGAACCCAAUGAACAAAUCAUUCAUUCAAAAUAUCAAUUUAAUUAUUCAAUAAAUAAUAAUGAAUCACAAAAAAAUAAAAAAAAUAAUAGAAAAAUAACACGAAAAUCAUUAAUUAAUAGAUUACAUAAUAGGCAAUCAUCAAAUGAAAAAUCUAUAAAUCAAUAUAAUGAUAAUCAAUUAUCUAAUGAUAAAGAUGAUCAUUUAGAUGUAUUAGAUAAUCAUCAACAAAUUAAUGAUCAACUUAUGACAUCAUUAAAAUUAAUUAAAAGUCUACCUAAUUAUGAAGAUUUAUAUCAUGAUCAUAAUAAUGAUAAUAUGAAUGAUUAUCAAGAAUAUAAACAAACUAUACAACAAAUUAAUUCUAUCUUAUCAAAUCCAAUAAUCAUUAAUCCAAAUUAUACAGAAGAAGAAUUAAAUAAAGAACUUGAAAAACUCUUCCUAUUCAGUCAAGAUAAUAUGUUAACUCACAACGCAUAACGAGCUAAAGUCUAAACGGGCAAAACAGAAUUGUAAAGAUGGCUUUAUUAUCAAACAAUCAACACAUUAUUUAACUUUGUAGGUGGACAAAACAACUGCUUCACUUGACUCAUGAUCCCAAAUAUUGAAAUAUGAUUUCGUCAUUUUAAUUGUUUUAUAUUGUUUUGUUUUUUCUAAAAUAGACUCAAAACAGUUUAAGUAAGAACAGGUCAUCUCAGUCAAUCAUAUUAAAUGUUGGAUUAACAGAAAAUCUUAACAGAUUCCAUGUGAGGGAUUACCUUGUGACGCAGUUGGGUGCUUUCGUCAGUGUGUGAACUACCCACUUCCAGCCACUCUUCCUGAUUUCUUCCUCCGUUGGGAUCUGAUUUGUUCUCCCCCAUAGUUGGUUGUUUGGUGGUAGUGUCUGGCAAACGGAUCCGAAUUAUUUUGUGUAGACAACUGUUAAUAAACACUUGUAUCUUCUGGAUGACGGCUUUCGCAGUUCUCCAAGUUUUCGCUCCAUACAACAGAACUCUCUUGACAUUUACAUCGAAAAUCCUGACCUUGAUGUUGGUUGACAUUUGUUUUGAGUUCCAGAUAUUCUUCAGCUGUAGAUCUGCUGUUCUUUCUUUGCCGAUCUGCGUCGUCACAUCUGCAUCAGAUCCACCGUGUUUAUUAAUGAUGCUGUCCAAAUACAUCUUUCAAACCCUUAUUCUGAUAAUAAGUAGUAAAAACAUAGGAAAAAACUUCCUUUUUCCUGCACGUAUUCAAUUUGAUAUUUUCUUAAAAUAUGCAUGAAGAGUUUUUUAGUCAGAUGAACAAAUUUAUUGGAAUCACAUGAAAAAAAAACUCUGUUUCAUUGACAGCAGAAAGUCUCUAUGACA